AUGGCUACUAAAAACACUAGACGUGACGUGCUGCAAAAGUACAGUGACUACGUUUCACCCAAUCCAUCUCACACUCUCCAUGAAGAUACACAACAUCUGGCCUUGGCCUCUACACAGAUUACUGCGGAGUUCUCGGUGCCCAUUCCACCUUGCUUGCGCGUGCAAAUGAAUGAAGUUGUGAGCUUCUUUGGAGGGGGAGAUAGAAAGCUUUUCUGA